UGAAGGGUGUUACACAGGAUCCGCUUUGUUUAUUUCAUCAUUGUGCGACAGAAUGAAUGGGCAACUUUCCAGCACUGUGGUGCCAUUUGUAAGCGGCAUAGGUCGCCGAGAGGAAGCAAUUUUGGCGAUGCCCUACAUUAUGCCACGAGUUGUGCCUGAUCAGAAGGCAAAAUUUGAGAACGACGAGUUUUUUCGGAAGCUGGGACGAGAGUGCGAGAUAAAGUACACAGGGUUCAGGGACCGCAGCCAUGAGGAGCGGGUGGUGCGAUUUCAGGCGGACCUGCGAGAGGGACACGCCGAGAUAGCAUUCGUGGCAACGGGGACCAACUUAGCCCUCCAAUUCUCACCCAGCGCAGACAAGGCGCCCUCCAAAGAGUAUGUAGAUUUUGAAAAGGAACCUGGAAAGGUCCACUUACAAGCGCGGUUCAUCUUGAAUGGUGUCUGUGUGCGGUGGAAGGGCUGGAUCGACCUACAGAGGUUAGACGGCAUCGGCUCUAUAGAGUUUGACGAGGAGAAAGCAAAGAUAGAGGAACAGCAGAUGAAGGAAGCGAUGGAGCAGGCCACAAGAAGACAGCGAGAGUUUGAGGAGAGACAACAGGCACACAGGGACCAGAUGGAGAGAAGAGCAGAGGAGGAGGCUGAGGUGGGACCAUCAGCUUUUAUGCGGAGACACCUUCACCAGCCCAGCCCGAGUGCCAGCAGUAGUGACUGACUGGUCAGGGACAGACGUCCCUCCUCACAUACGCUAUGAUUCCACCACUGGGCGACACCAGUCAGACUACAGCACACCUCACAGCAGUCAACACACCACACUCUCCACAGAAGAUUCAACAGGAAAAUACCUGGUUCUCCCUUUUGCAACUUGUUUGAGCCCUUUAAACAGAAGAUAUCUCAACUGCUGCAGUUCUUAACUAUCUCUGGGUAGUUGAGAUAAGAAGAAUUGAGUCCUUAAAACGAUGUUUUGAUUGUUAUACUAAACCUUGAUGACCUAUUGUUGCUGAUAAAGAGAAAAUAAGCAUCUCCAUGGAUGUUUCUUUAGAUUUUCUCUAUUUUGCUAUAAAAGCACAGUUUUUGAAUUUAAAUCAUUGGAUAAGAGUGCACUGUUUCAUUUCAAUUUCUCAAAAAAGAUGUUUUAUUUUAUUUUAUAUACCCAGUUAGCUAUUCUCGUCAUGGAAAUUGUAUAAACUAUCUGGUAAAAAAAUCUUAAUGUAUAAAAAUGAUUGAUGAUGAAAAAAUCGAUGAAAAGUAUGAAAAUAUAACCUGAAAAUGUAAUUUGUAAACUGAAAGUACAGUGAUUUAGUUGCAUAUAUUUUCUUGAAUCUUCUCUCACAGUCUGUUUUGAACCUAUUUGCUCCUCUGUUUUGUACCAAAUUGAUAAACAGCUGUCAAUCACAACCUACAGAGGGAUUGGGUUUUGCACUCUGCCUUGGGAUAUAAAAUACCAACAGAAUUUUUGACACCUUAUCAGCCGUAUAUUGUAACCCCUACACUAUCCAAGCCUUCUGUAGGUUGUGGUGUUUUGGUACACAUUUUAAGACAUAGCCUGGUUUUACCUGGACCAUUUUUAAAACAGGUGUAUUUAAGUCUUGUUUUCCUUUUCAUGAUGUCUUUAUUGCCUGUCAGUAAUUGCAUCUAGGGUUGGAAACUUUUGUCUAAUUUAUAUGUGUCCUUGAGGAGAGUAUAUUGUGUAUUUUGUGGAUGAGCCACAACUUUAGCUGGCCUAUGGUUGUGGUGAUGUACAGUGGACAUAUUGUGGUAGCAAACAGUCGGCCUUAUUUAGUGUUAACUUAACAUCACCAGACUGUCUACGGUGGCCUGCCAGUUUCACCUUUUGCAUCUUCAGUACUCCUUUUUUUUUAUCCUCUAUGAUAUUUAUCAUAUUUUGUACAGUUCUGCUGCUUUAUGUUUAACUUAUCAUGAGUUCCCAAAGAACCCCUACACAAUAAGAAAAUUGAUCAAUUUCAUAUGAAAAUUUGAACACUAGUAUACACGCCUUUUCUCUUAUUUCUCAAUAUUUAUUCUAAGGUUAAUAAAUAUCCUUUCCUUUCAAAGUUGGUUUGUGCUUGUCAUUGAGACCUUCUAAAAACUUUGACCAAGUCAGACAAAUGAAACCAUUACAGCAAAAGCAAUGUUGUAUACCCCCUGCACAUGAAAUGCAUUCCAAAAGCCUGGUAGAAAUCAGUUACAUUUAUCAUUUUUCUGCAGCAACACUCUUUUGAAUUUAUGACUUCUAAUUUAUGGAUUGCUGAAAAAGAAAUAUUUAUAUGCCAAGUUUCAGGCUUUUCUAUGCCGAUGCACUGAAGAUGUAAAAGGAGAAAAGACAGCUCACUGAAACCCCAUAGUCACCCUCAGUCCUGUAACGUUACCAACAACUCAACAAUCAAACAUAGACGAAGCACUGUGGUUUUACAGCAAUGGACAAUGUUGUACAGGCAUGCAGUUAUCUGGUGCACAGUUUUUAAAACUGUCUGUCUCGCUACUGGGACGACAGUUCACAUGAAAUGUGACUGUGUGCCUAAAACUGCCAAUGCCUGUGUUUUUUUCACAGAUUGUAGCUUACACAAGCUUCCAACCUCCUUCCCUUUGCUUUUGUUGCUGUUACUGUUAGCCAUAUCUUUACUCCUAACACUAGUCUUGCAGUUUCUGCUUCAGAUAGAGAUUUUCACAAUUCUUACAGUUUUAUACACCUUUCUUACAGACAAAAAAGUUCUUCUCAUACAAAAACAGAAAAGGUCAACAGUCAUACAUGUUGUACAUGUGGUAGGUUUACUUACCAUAAACCUGGUGCAACAUUCUCAAUUAACAACUUUUGGUACCAGCAAAUGCAGUAGAAAACAUGCAAAAAAUCUGUCUUAAUACGGAUUUUGUAGUAUUUGGCAAUUUGGUAGUAUUAAUAUUUUGGCUCUACACAGCACUAGAUUAGAUGCAAACUAUGAUAUGAUUACAAUCUAUUACACAAAGUACCGUACACAAGUACUGUAUUUUGCUGGUACCAAAAGUUGGUCAGUUGAUGUAAAAUACACUUGAAUUUGUUAUAAUUACAACUUGUUUGUACUACAUCAGUUGAUUAAUUACAUGGCAGUCUUGCUCUUAUGGUCCCUUUUUGUGUUCAAGGAGGGACAGGAGAAUAAGACAGCUGAUAAGUAACAGGAUUACAGUCACAGCCUUCAAUGAUGUCUUGAGGUCUUCUUACAGGUCACAAUUUUGAAAUACUUCAGAAUUUCAGUCAAACUGAUAGUAGAGAAGAAGGGUUGGAUCUUAUUGUUAACCAUCUAGAGGAAGAGAAGACCCAAGCGAGGAGGUCUCUGUGACAAACAAACAGCAGUAUGCUUUACGCUGGUAAUGCUAGUUCACCUUUAUCUGCAGGGUAACCUAUGUCUGUUCUUUUAGUCCAUUCGUAUCAAGUUGGUGGUGGUUUCAAGAUGUAAUGUAAACUUUUGCGCUUUGAAAUCAUCCUUGAAAACCAAACUUGACACCCUUGAAUACGCUAUCCAAUCUUUAAUUGCAACGGAUAUAGGCUACCACAUGGUCAAAGGCGAACUAGCGUUAAAUAGAAAACUUGUACUGAGGCACCCUAAUAACUUGCUGUCAAGCAGUUUUAACAACCGUUGGUGGAAAUAUUCAACUUCAAAUCACAAAAAUUGGAAUCCAGUCCAAAAUUAUCACAAAGUAUGUAUACAAUGAUACAAGUAACACCACUUCUCAGAAGUUCUUCGGAAAAUCGCAACCAGUACUUGUGACAAAGCUAGAUGUGGUAAACUGGACCAAAAAAUAAUGGCUGAUAAAUUCUUUCCUAUGUUAUAUGUAUAGCAGGCCUACCCAAUACAGACGGUAGAUCAAAGUAUUUUUCUAUUUCGAAUUGCAUCACCAGAAACCAGACGUGUUAUUGUGCUAGGGUCAAAUAAUUCCACCCACCCGUAGACUGUAUAUAGAAGGUAACGCUUUUGUAUGGGAAAGGUCUGCCCAGAGUGGCAGCGCGGAGAAAUGAACGAGCUUGUUAUUGAUAAUGUGUAUGAUAAGAUUAUGAAGAGGCAAUGGAAUAAUUGUAUUAAUAAUUCAGAGAUGUUCUAUAGGCUUGCUGUGCCUCAGCUACAAAUUCGGGCGGUCCAUCCCACGGUGUGUGCCAUGGAGGUUCCAAAUCUCAUUACUGACAUCUUUUUACCUUUCUUUCAUUUGUUUGGGGGACCCCCUUCUUUUCUCCUGUGUGUUUAGAAGCAAUAUCAUAAUGAUUUUGUUGCAUGUAGUAGUACAUUGUAUGUGUAUGUUAAGGUUGGUAGAUUCAACUCAGUGAUCAACAUUGCCAUCUUGACUUCCAUGUAACAUGUCAUACCAUACAGUAUGUAAAAGGGUGUGGGCAAAAUAGGACAUAACCUAACAUUCAAUGAACAGUUUUAGUGGGAGGAGAGACUGAAGCAUUUUAGUAGGUGUCAAGGAAAACAGAACUACAGAACGACAUGCACAAUUAUAUUACUAAAAGCAAUGAAUAUGGCUAGACCUUUGUCUAAUGCAUGUACAAAAACAACACUUGAUUCUUCAAUGAAAUCUUCAAUGAAGGUGUAAACGUUUGAAAAAUUCAAUUUUUCUCCUAACAUUAAAAACAACUCAUGGGAAAGGGACAGGAAACGUAGAAAUGAAAUGAACCAUCAGUUGAACAUGAUGAUGUUUUCCCAGGGGAGUGACAAAGAUGGCAGUGUUGAUUACAAGGCUUGCAGUGAUUAUAUUAGAUUGAGGGAUUUUUUAUUUAAUUUGAAGUGUUUUUAGGAAGUCAAGUCAGAGGGGUUUUUUUUAAGGUGGCAUAAAAAGGGUUUGUUUUUUAAGUAGAAUGCACCGGCAACUACCUCAGGUGAGAAAAGAGGUGGGCAGUAGAUCGUAUGCUUUAGAACAAACUUAGUGUUGGUGCAAGCAACAUGGAAAAUUGGUUGUAAUAUUUUUGAUUUUCAAACUGGCUUUGGCAUCAAUAGUUGUGAAUUCUUAUGAGCUGCAGUAGUCCAAUUAUUGAGCAGAAAUCAAAUUAUUGCUUGCACUAAUGUUUUAGACAGGCCAAUCAUUCUUUGCAUUAGCACGAUGGCAGAUUUUAGAAUGGGAAUUCUGACGUUUUAUGUAGCACAGGAUAUUCUGUAAUGUCAUCUUCUUUAUUAGAAGUCAAGUGAAAAGCUAGAGUUGACCAAAGGAUUGUGUGUACGACUAGAUUUCUAUUUUUUACAUUUAAUAUGAUUAAAAACCAUACAAAUAAUAUUAUGCUAAUGACGACUUCUUUGAUACUUCAAGAACUCACACAGUAGUGCUAACAGUUAUCAACAGUGGUGAGGUGGUUGAAAACUUGAAAUAGUGACCAAAACUCUGUCAAUAACUAAGCCUUUUAACUUAUUAUAUUUAAUAAUUUUUCAAUAUUAACCACAAUGAUAUGAGCACUUAGAAGAUAUGUAUAUGAAUGUUAAAGGAAUGUAAUUCUCUUUCUCAUGUGCUUAGCUUAUGUAAGUAAUUUAUUCUUGUUUUAGUGCCAAACGUUCUGUGUACCCCCCUCCCCCAUCCAUGGCUCACACCGUGCGGAAGUUCUCACGGACCCACGUCCAACCCUGUACACAACUACAUGUAUCAUGGAGAAAACUCUCAAAUAAAUUGGCUAAUAGACAUUUGUAACACUCUG